AUGCAGCUGAGGGCGGCCGCCACGCUUUGCCUCUGCUGCCUCUGGAGCGCCUGCCGCCUCCGCUACGGGCAGCUGGACGCCGCUGUUGUUCGGCCUCCGGCAGAGGCCAGUGACGCAGCGGCGGCGGCGGCGGCGGCUGAGGCUGAGGGGGAGGCCGCCCCGGGCCUCGGGAAGGCAGAGCCCGGCGAGCGCCUCAACGGGGAUGGAAGCGUCUUCGGGAACGGCACGCUGGUGCCUCACCACUACAUGGUCGCGCUUUACCGCCGUCUAGCCGGCGGUCGGGAGCCACCCCGGCCGGAGGGAGGAGAAACCGACGAUGCCCCGGCCAGCCGCGCCAACACCGUCACGGGCUUCGCGGACCAAGCCGGGCAGCAAUACCUCUUCGACAUCUCGACCCUGGCGGAGGCGGACGAAAUCGUAGGGGCCGAAUUGAGGGUCUUGCGGAAAGCCGCCGCAAACAGGAGCUUGGCAUCGUCCCCGGAAGGGAUGCUCCAUCGCCUACUGAUCUCGACUUGCCCCGAUCAAACAGGAGGCCGGGAGCCGGGCCUUUUGGACUCCAGAGCGGGAGAUCUUCUGGGCUCCGGCGACGCUACUACGCCCCAGUGGGAAGUCUUCGACGUCUGGGCGGCCUUGAGACCCUGGGCCGAGCCAGGCGGCCGUCCGCAGCGCCCGCCCGUGCUCUGCUUUUGGCUAAGGAUCGCCUCGGCCCAGACCGGGAAGCUCUUGUCUCCGCGGCAGCUGGGCUUCGGCCGGGAGCACCCAUCGCAGCCCCACGAGAGGGCCCUGCUGGUGGUGUUUUCGCGCACCAAGCGGAAAGACAGCCUCUUCAAGGAGAUCCGCCAGAAGAUCCGGACCCUGAGCGGCCUCUCCGAGCUCCCGCUGGGCUCCCACGAAUUAAGCCAAGGCGCGCUGGCCAAACAGAAGCGGCGGAGGCGGCGGACGGCGCUGGCGGGCCGGGUGGCCGGCGGGCGAAGCCAGAGCAAAAAACCCAGGAGCCGCUGCAGUCGCAAAGCGCUGCACGUCAACUUCAAGGAGCUGGGCUGGGACGACUGGAUAAUCGCGCCCCUGGAUUACGAGGCGUAUCACUGCGACGGCGUGUGCGAUUUCCCGCUGCGCUCCCACUUGGAGCCGACCAACCACGCCAUCAUCCAGACGCUGAUGAACUCCAUGGCGCCCGAGUCCACCCCGCCCAGCUGCUGCGUGCCGUCCAAACUCAGCCCCAUCAGCAUCCUCUAUACCGACUCCGGCAACAACGUGGUUUACAAACAGUACGAGGACAUGGUGGUGGAGAGUUGCGGCUGCAGGUAA